AUGCGUGCUUCCUUCUACGCUCUCGCCGGCAGCGCUGCCUCUGCCAUGGCCGCUACCCGCGGUUUCAACUACGCUUCUCAGGGCGCCACCCUUGAGACCUUCACCAACCAGUUCGAGUCUGCCGCUGCCAUCACCGACUACUCUUCUGCUCGUCUCUACACCAUGAUUCAGGACGGCACUGCCAACACUGUCAUCUCCGCCAUCCCCGCUGCCAUCAAGACCAACACCACUCUCCUUCUCGGUCUGUGGGCUUCUGAGAACCAGGAGGCUUUCAACAACGAGCUUACCGCUCUCAAGACCGCCAUCAGCCAGUUCGGCUCUCAGGGUCUUGCCGACCUGACCGUCGGUAUCUCUGUCGGUUCCGAGGAUCUUUACCGCAUCUCCGAGAUCGGCAUCAAGCAAAAGAGUGGUUACGGCCAGACCGCCGACGUCCUCGUCGACUACAUCGGCCAGGUCCGUGAGGUCGUCAAGGACACCGUCCUCGCCAACGUCCCCAUCGGCCACGUUGACACCUGGAACGCUUUUACCAACACCUCCAACUCUGCCAUCCUCGACGCCGUUGACUUCUUCGGUCUUGAUGAGUACCCCUUCUACCAGGAUGGUGAGGGCAACUCGAUUGACAACGCCUCGGACCUCUUCUGGAAGGCUUACAACAAGGUUGAGGCUGUUGCUGGUGGCAAGCCUCUCUGGAUCACCGAGACUGGCUGGCCCGUCAAGGGUAACGCUGAGGACGAGGCUGUUCCCAGCGUUGAGAACGCCGCCAAGUACUGGCAGGACAUUGCUUGCGAGCUUGAGGCCCGCUGCAUCAACUUCUGGUGGUACAUCCUGAACGACGACGGCUCUUCGCCUUCCUUCUCGGUUGCCAGCGGUAUCGACGGUGCCAACACCAAGUCUCUGUACGACCUCAAGUGCCCCAACGCCGGUUCCUGCGGUGCCAAGAACCUCUCUGGUAACUCCACUUCCUCUGCUUCCUCCUCCGGCUCCAUGACUUCUUCUGGAUCUGCCAUGUCCACCGGCUCUGCCUCUGGCGCCAUCCUCGCCGCCAACGGUUCCGCCUCUGUCGAGCCCGUUGUCUACGUUACCGACGUUACCACCUCAUACACCACCUACUGCCCUGCUAGCCAGACAAUUACUGCUUCCGGCAAGGAGACUGUCCUGACCGCUGCCACCUCUUUCAUGACCACCCACGCCGUCCAGACCACCAUCACCACCAGCCAGACUGUCGUUCCCACCACCAUUGUCAACGCUGUCACCCGCUCCAUUACCUCCGCCGGUAAGGUCGUUCCCGUCACCAAGGAGAGCACUCAGGUCACCUGGGCUCCUACCUCUUCCAUUGCUGGUGCCUGGGUUCCUUCCGGUGCCGCUUACCCCUCUGGCGCUGCUGCUCCUUCCGGUGUUGCCGGCGCCGCUGGUGCCUCUGGCUCCGGUGGUCUCGUCGGCCAGGCCUCUGGCACCACCCUUGCUUCCUCGUGGGCUGCCAACCAGACCCCUGGAGCUUCUGCCACUGCCUCCGCCUCCGCCUACAAGGGUGCCGGUGCCAAGGUCGGUGGCUCCGUCGCUCUUGCCCUCGGUGCCGCUGCCGUCGCUCUCCUCUAA